AUGCCACCACACACAUAUAAAUCUGAAUACCCACCCAGUUCCCAAAUCGACGAAGGCAUCAAGACCUUCUUUGAAGAUUUCUACCGCACAAGCGACACGCCGACCCCGGACGCGCACGAGAAAUACGCAGCUGCUUUUACGAAAGAUGCGAAGCUUGUUAUGAUUAGUAAGGUUGCGAGGGGGUAUGAUGAGAUCUUGGAAGUUAGAAAGGGCAUGUGGACAGCUGUUAAUUCGAGGCUGCAUACACCAGUGAAGAUGUAUCCGUUUGGGUCGGGUGCGGAUGAGGUUAUGUUGUAUGGGACUGUUGGGUAUGUGUUGAAGGAUGGGAGGAAGACUGAUCUUGAGUUUGCUGCGAGAGCUAAGUUGGUGAAGGAAGGUGGGGAGUGGAAGAUGAGUUUCUAUCAGGUGUAUCUUGAUUCUGCUGCUAUAGCGAAUGCGAAAUGA